ACACCUUCUUUGGGACCAUGUACACGUCAGAUGAUCGCGGUAUCUUGUUCUCCAAAUCUCUGGAGCGCCACCUGUUUGACGGGCAGAGGAAGAGCGAUUUCACCAACAUAACGUCACUGAGAGGAGUCUACCUCACUAAUAAACUAGACGAGGAUGGCCGUAUAAGAUCCGUCAUUUCAUUUAACAGAGGUGGGAAGUGGAGACCACUUAAGAAACCUGAGAAUGUGCAAUGUGGAGAGCAAGUCAAGAACUGCAACCUUCAUAUUCAUGGAGAGCACAGUCGCAACAUUCGCAUCGUUCCCAUGCUGGCUCUGUCUGAACCAACUGCUAUCGGUUUGGUUAUUGCACAUGGUACUGUUGGUGACUCUCUGUCAUCGUCGCAGCACCCAGACGUGUUUGUCUCUUCAGACGGGGGUUAUACCUGGAGGGGGACACUGAGGGGUCCUCACCACUACAGCAUAUUGGACUCUGGGGGCCUCAUUGUGGCCGUGGAGGCUCAGUGGGAGGGACAAGUCAAGACUAUCAAGUUCUCCACAGACGAGGGUCAGUGCUGGAAGUCCUAUAACUUCACCGAGCAGCCCUUCUUCUUUGCAGGCCUGGCUUCUGAGCCGGGGACCAAGGCCUUGAACGUGAGCGUGUGGGGCUUCAGGCCUGAGGAUGACGGCCAGCCCAUGUGGGUUGCCGUCACCAUUGAUUUCCAGAGCCUCAUUACAAGAGAGUGUAACGAUCAGGACUAUGAGGAGUGGUUGGCUCAUGCUACAGAUGGAGGGGACUCACAGAGAAACGGCUGUCUUUUGGGUGUCAAAGAGACGUACAGGAGGCUAAAGAAAGACUCAGUGUGCAGAAAUGGGCGAGGCUUUGUGGUGAGCAAGAAGCAAAGUCCCUGCUCCUGCACCAGAGAAGAUUACUUAUGCGACUACGGUUUCUACAGUGAUGUGAACACCUCCGAGUGUGUGAGACAACCCAGCGCUGCAAAUAAAACCCUGGAGCUCUGUCUGAAUGGAGAAGAGGACGAGCUCCUGACUGCAGGGUACCGUAAGCUGCCGAGUGAUCGGUGUGAGGGAGGAUUCAACCCUCAGCAUGCAGUGCAGACAGUCAUCAGACCCUGUGGGGUUAAACCCAGUCCAGGUCCUCCUGCCAGGUCCUCCUCUCCAGUCACACACUUUGACACACCGCGAGAGAGGCUGGUGUUGAUUCUGGUGUGUGCAGGAGCAGGAGUCAUCGUCCUGUUAGCUGUUGUUUCGGCCGUCUUAGCUGUCAAGAGGGUGGUUUACAGAGACAGGUGA